AUGGCGACCACGACAACGACGGUUGGUAGGAAUGGAGAAGGGGAACAGAAGAGGAGGGAGAAGGGAGGCUUCAAGACCAUGCCAUUCAUACUUGGGAACGACAUCUGCGACCGGUUCGCCACGGCCGGCUUCGGCGCCAACCUGAUCACGUACCUGACGAAGCAGCUGCACCUGCCGCUGGUGGAGGCGUCCAACCUCCUCACCAACUUCGGCGGCACGUCCAGCCUCACAACUAUCCUCGGCGCGCUCGCCGCCGACUCCUUCGCGGGCCGCUUCUGGACCAUCAUCGCCGGCUCCGUCUUCUACCAGCUCGGCAUGCUCGGACUCGUCCUCACCGUGUUGUACCUCUCCCUGCUGUGCACUGCCUUCGGCGCCGGCGGGCUCCGGCCCUGCGUCGUGAUGUUCGGCACCGACCAGUUCGACCACGUGUUGGGGGAGCAGCAGCAGAAGCAGGUCACCGCCGAGGCGGCCAAGGCGGUGGCGGAGCGGAAACGUCGCUACUUCAACCUCUACUUCUUCAUGAUGGGGGUAGCGGCGCUGCUGGCGCUGACGGUGGUGGUGUACAUCCAGGACAACGUGGGGUGGGGGUGGGGGUUCGGCAUCCCGGCCAUCGCCAUGUUCGUCUCCAUCGUGGUGUUCGUGAUCGGGUACCCGCUGUACGUCAUGCUCAAGCCCGGGGGCAGCCCGUUCACGCGGCUCGCGCAGGUCGCCGCCGCCGCGUUCAAGAAGCGCAACGUCGUCGUACCGGAGGACACGGGCAUGCUGUACCAGGACAAGGACCUCGACGUCCUCAUCUCCACCAACGGCAGGCUGCUGCACACCAACCAGCUCACGUUCUUGGACCGGGCAGCCAUAGUGACGCCGGGCGACAUCUCCGCUUCCGGGCAGCCGGACCUGUGGCGUCUGUCGACGGUGCACCGUGUGGAGGAGCUCAAGUCCAUCGUCCGCAUGCUGCCCAUCUGGUCAGCCGGGAUCAUGCUGGCCACCAUUGAAUCGCACAACGGCACCUUCAUCAUCAUCCAGGCGCAAACCAUGGACCGGCACAUCACCCGGCACUUCGAGAUACCACCAGCGACCAUGUCGAUCUUCGGGACUGCGGCCUUCCUCGUCAGCUUGGCGCUCUACGAUCGCGCGUUCGUGCCCCUGGCACGCCGCGUCACGGGCCUGCAGUCUGGGAUCACCUACUUCCAGCGCAUGGGCAUCGGGCUCGCCAUCCACAUCCUCGGCGUCGCCACGGCCGCGCUCGUAGAGACCAAGCGCCGCGACGCCGCGGUCGACCACGGGCUCCUGGACAAUCCUGCUGCCGUCAUCCCGCUCAGCGUGUUCUGGCUGGUGCCGCAGUUCGCCGUCCACGGCAUCGCCGGCGCCUUCUCGUCAGUAGGGCACAUGGAGUUCCUGUACGACCAGGCGCCCGAGAGCAUGCGCAGUACUGCCGCCGCGCUCUUCUGGCUCGCCAGCUCCUUCGGGAACUACCUGGGCACCGUGCUGGUCACGGUGGUGCAGCGCACCACGCGCGCCCGCGGCAACGACUGGCUCCAGGACAACAUCAACCGUGGCAGGAUCGAUAACUACUACUGGCUCGUCACCUGCCUCAUGGUGCUCAACCUUGGCUACUACCUCAUCUGCUUCCGUUUUUACACCAUGAAGCCUCUGGAGAUGGCAGACGAACAAGACGAUCGUGAUGGAGAAUGUGAGCUCUCCACUCUACAGAAAAAUGACACCGGUGCUGGAGGUGUGGUGUAA